GCACCCAUGGAGCUGGAGCCGGGCCCCGAGGCGCUGCUGGACCUCAGCUUCCUGAGCGAGGAGGAGCGCUGCGCCAUCGCCGAGGUGCUGCGCCGCGACACGCUGCUGCGCCGGCGCGAGGAGGGGCGCGUCAGCAAGCUGCGCCAGGCGGAGUCCGACCCCGUGCGGCUGCGGACCCUGACGGGGGAAUGGUUCCGAGACGUCCGCGCCCAACGACACCGGAACCUGCUGGGAUCUGACCUCGUCCGUGCGUCCAUCCGCUGCAGGAGGCGGCCACGGGGAGCGCUGGAGCUGGAGCUCAGCCGUUGUGAGCUGGCAGCCAUCAGGGAGUGGCUGCUGGAGGAGAAGGAGGACGAGCAGGGCGCCCGGGAGGAGAGCCCCGCUGAGGACAGGGUCCCGGCAGCCGUGGAGCUGCAGCCCGACCCCAUUGCCCCCGAGGGGACGACGAUGUCACCGUCUCCGCAGCACAGUGAGGUCCCGGCAGGGGAAUGGGAUGGGCCCGGACAGCCAGGUGACGGAGUGGAUGGGAGCACCCUGGGCAACUCCAGCGCGGAGGAGGAUGAGGAGGAGCCCGACCCUGCACGAAGCAGCCCUGGUGCUGGGCAGGACGCGCAGACCCCGCAGGACGGCGGCGCUCCCCGGGGCAGCGCGCUGAGCGCCAGCUCCUCCGUGUCCAGCCUCAGCUCCUCCACGCUGAGCGGCAGCCUGAGGAGCCUGUACAGCGAGGCGGAGCUGGGCCGGGUGCCGGUGCGGGGCUGCGUGCAGUUCUCGCUGCGCUACGAAGCGGCCGCGCAGGAGCUGCAGGUGCACGUGGUGCGGUGCCGGGAGCUGGCCGAGGCCAAGCGGCAGCGCUCGGACCC